AGAAAGCAUCAACACUGUCUUAGAAGAGGAUGCUGUGUCAGAGGAGGCUGCAGCUCACACUGCGAACAAACGACAGAAAGCCUUUUCUCAACUUGUCGCUUUAACAGCGACACUUUGAAAUAGCACACCGAGGAUGAGUCUGAGAUAGCUGCUCUUUCUUCCUGCGACAUUCACGCGUUCUGUAAGGUUUCUUCAGUGGGAGUUUGAGCUCCUGUGAAGUUUCUGAGGAGAUGGAGCUGAGCAGGAGGAAAGUGCCUCUGUAUGGCCAGGCGAAGGUAUUUGCUCUGCUGGAGGGUUUAGACUCCAUGCCAGAGGACACAGAGGUCUACGUUGUUUUGGAAGGAUCCACAUUGGUCCAUGUCGCCCGGGCUCAGAGUGAUGUCAUGCUUUGCUUUAUAGUGCCUGGGCAUAACCUGGCUGAGAUGGUCUCUGUGCAGGCUUACAUGUGCUCUGAAACCACACCCCUCACUUGGGUGGGCGGAGCUUCACUUGAGUAUGUCCAGGAUGAUGCUCAGGAAUUGGCAGAGCACCUGGUUAUCCACGGACAUUGCCUGAGCUCCACAGAUCACAAAGAGCUGAGCAGCCUCUUCAACCUGGGCCAGCAGAGCUCUCGCUGGGCCAUGGAUCAUCGCGUGGCAUUGGCCAUGGCUAACCUGGAUAUCCCGCAGAACUGGAAUGUACUGGGGAGCCCCAGCGGAGACGACCACAGUCUCAGAGAGUCCCCCCUCCAUCUGGCUGUGCGGUGGGGUCUGUAUCGCCUGGCGGAGCUGCUUCUCUGUCAGCCGGGAGGUUUGAUGGCCAUCAGCCUGCCAAACGAAGAGGGUGUCACACCGCUGUGGCUGGCACAGAUGACAGGCAACACCAAGCUCCUGGAGCUGCUCACACACCCACCCAACCCUCUGGCCACCCCACCAGCAGGUCUGUCCCAGGUUUGGGCAGACCGUUCCCGCUUGUUGAGGUUCUGUCAUGAUACGGGGAACCUGACUCUGACUGUUCGGCAAAACCUGAGGUGGAGCUCUGAGGAGAGCCGGCACUCUGACAUCCUGCUCCUUAGAGACCGACUCAGAGAUGAGGAGUUCCUCAGAGAGAUCAAAGCUUUAAGGAGAGAGCGUGUUGAGACCAUCUUGGGUAAAGAAGAACUGGUGGAUGAUCCUGCAGAUAACGCUCUGUAUUCUGGUAUCAAUGGAGGGAACUCUGCUGUAGAAGAAAAUGACUAUGAGGAGCCGCUGAUGUUCUGCCUGAAUGGGGAGGAUGAAGAGGAUGAUCCAUCACAGCCUGAGCCUGAGAAAAGCCAGUCCAUAGGGGAGAGCCAGGCCUCGUCCCCGACUUUGGCGGCUGCUGCCAGACUCUCAGCGAUGAUACACGGCAAAGACCGAGUGUUCGCCAACACCAUGCUGGUUGACCAGGUGGGUGAUGCUGACAUCAAGUACCACUCUCCAGGGGAGGAUGAGGUCAGUCCUGUGUCCCACAUUGGCAGCCCAUGCUGGGGCUCCUUUUCCAUGACUCCCAGUGACUCAGGGAUCUGCUCCCAGAACCGGCACCCAACCUCUGCUCAUAAUGGAGAGAGAAGACUCCAAGGCCCUGGCCUGGAGAAUCACAGGGAACCGUCCCCUUGCAUCUCUCCCUCCUCUCCCUUUGCUUCCUCCCCGUCCCUUCCUUCCUCCCCGCUGGCUUCCCCCUUUCGUAUGUUGGAGGGAGCGCUGAGGCGUCAGACCCAGCCCUGCCUGCCAGUUUCUCCUGCUUUGAAUCGUAGAGGAUGCAGCUUGACGGAGGCAAGCCGGGGUCUGAGCCCUAGUCUGGAGUGCGACAGUGGAGAAGAGGACAUACUGGGGCAUUCCUACCCCUGCUCAACCUUGAAGCAGCACUCCAUCCUUCAACUGCAAUCCAGCUCAGGAGAAGAGAGGGACUCUUUUGACACCUCGCCGGACUUAAACCGCACACUCACAGACAGCACGCACAAGCCCACCAAGAGCACAGAAGAAGCUGAGGUUCGUCUGCGCUCCUACUCUUACUCCUCCCCCAAGGCGAAGCCGUCGCGGCCUCUGCUAAACCGAGACGCAACCAUCACUGACCUGGCAGAAGAGCAGAGAGCCUUCAGCCUGACUGAGACUGCCAAAGAAAAGAGGAUCGAGGAUGAGGAGUGGGAUAAAUACAUAAUCCCGUCAAAAGUUGAGUCAGAGAAAUACAAAGUGAGCCGGACCUUCAGCUUCCUGAAGAACAGGAUGUCCAGCACUCGCAACAAAACCAAGGUGAAGGGGAAAGAAGUAAAAGAGGGAAAGGAGAAGUCAGGAGCUGCUAAUGGACACCAGUUUGUGCCCGUGUCUCCAUCUGGCCCUGCUCUCUGUGUGGCCUGUGAUAGGUCUGUUUCUGGGAAAGAGCUGUUGCAGUGCUCCAACUGUUUCCUGAACGUACAUAAAAACUGUCGAGAGUCUGUUGCAGCCUGUGGAAAGAAGCCACAGGAGAGGAAUGCAGUGCUGAUGAAAAGCAAGACUUUGUCUCUCCCACUGAACUCAGUGAAAGAAAACUCGUCCACCUCCAUUUUCUCCUCCUCUUCUUCACUGCCCACGAUGACCAAAGAGAAGAAAGAAACCACCAACCCCCUCUCCAAAAGCCUCUCCAUCUCUAUAGACAGCAGACGGCUGAGUGAUGCAGCAGCAGCAGACAGUGAGUGCGGUGUGUCAGCAUGUACUAACAGCUCAUUGUCUGAUGAGGGAACGCCGGUCACUGCAACACCUCCCUCAACCAAACCGCAAAUCAUCUCACAGGAUGCUGUUGAAGCUUCACUACUGAGUGACCUGUCAGCUGACCUGCUGGGACUUGAGGUGGAGUCGUGGAGUCUGGCGGUCAGUCCGGAGUUUUGCAGGCAACAUGACAGGCGGACAAUCAAACGACAGGAUGUCAUUUAUGAGCUGAUGCAGACAGAGCUGCACCACAUCCAGACUCUGACGGUCAUGUCAGAGGUGUUCAGGAGAGGCAUGCUUGAGGAGCUUCAGCUGGACCUGGACUGUGUGGCCCGGAUCUUCCCUUGCCUGGACCCCCUAUUGCUCUUUCACAGGAACCUCUUUAGUGCUCUGCAGGAGCUCAGACAGGCUACAGCCCAACCUGAGAACCCCCGAAAUUACCUCAUCCAUCGGAUCGGAGAUGUGCUGCUUCAGCAGUUCUCUGAUGAAAAUGCGGAGAAGAUGAAGCAGGUGUACGGAGAGUUCUGCAGCCAUCACACCGAUGCCGUCGGUGUCUUCAAAGAGCUGCAGCAACAAAACAAAAAACUUCAAAACUUUGUCAAACAACAGAGCAACAACUCUCUAGUGAGACGAAGAGAGGUGCCAGAAUUCAUCCUGCUGGUCACGCAGCGCAUCACCAAGUACCCAGUGCUGCUUGAGAGGAUAUUACUGUACACUCAGGAGAGAAGUCAGGAACACUCUGACCUGUCGAGUGCCCUGGCACAGAUCAGAGACGUAAUCGCUGCAGUGGACCUGACUGUAAAUAAGUAUGAGAGGUGUCAGGAGCUGCAGGAAGUGCUGGCCCGGCUGGAGAACAAGAGCUUUGCCAAGCUAAAAAAUGGCAAGGUUUUCCGCAAACAGGACCUGCUUCGCAAACACAGGGAUCUGCAUUACAAAGGGCUUGUCUACUGGAAGACUGCUACAGGGCGACUAAAAGAUACUUUGGCUCUUCUGCUCACUGAUGUUCUAGUUUUCCUACAAGAGAAAGAUCAGCGGUUUAUGUUUGCUGCUGUGGACCAGAAGCCUCCUGUGAUCCCUCUGCAGAAGCUCAUUGUUAGAGAAGUGGCCAAUGAGGAAAGAGGGAUGUUUCUCAUCUCCGCCUCCUCAGUGGGACCAGAGAUGUACGAAGUUCACACCACCACCAAAGACGAGAGAAACGCAUGGAUGAGACAAAUACGACAAGCUGUGGAGAGUUGUCCUGAGGAAGAGGAAGAGGAGGAAAGAACUGCUGAAUCAGAGGAGGCCAGGCGAGUAGCAGAGGUGAGAGCUCAGAAGAUCACCAAGUUCCAAGAGACUCUGUUGGGUCAGGACCAGCAAAUCUGCAACAGCCUGGAGGAGAAGUUACAGCUGUAUGCUGAGCUGACAGAGUUAACCCUCCGAUCACCAGAAGAUGUGCCACAUCGCCACCUGCUGGUGCAACCAGAAACUGACAGUGAGACGCCAAGACAGGCCUCCUCCCUGCUCACAGCUGCACUUAGAGAAGCGGACAACCUGAUAACCAUUCUGCAGGCUCGUGAUGGUUCAUCUCUAAGUCAGAGCUCUCCUGUGCGAGGACCAGAGGGCUGCAGCUACAACAGCCAUGGCAGCAGCAUCCAGGAGUCACCCUCUGAGCCGGAUUAUUUGAGCACGCUCAGUAUGAGCUCUACCUCUCUUGGAUCAGAGAGCGAGCUGACGGGAAUGGACAGUGCGUUGUGGAGCUCUGCUGCUGAGCUGAGGAGAGGAGACACCAAAGGGACACUGUUACAGGUGGCAGAGAGUGUCCAGAGUCUGACUCAGCUCCUCUAUAGUCUGCAGGCCGCUGUAACCCUCCAGGACAGCUGCUAUGAAGUCCAGAAACUCCUUCUCCAGGAGGGAGACAAGCCUCAGCUUCGAACCCUCACUUCCCUCCAAAGCAGCGCGGAGCUGGAGAAGCAGAGGAGUUUUGAUAAGAGGAAAGAUGAAGUAGAGAAGAAGGGUUUAGAGAGGAAGAAAGAGGAGGUGGAUGAGGUGCAGAAACUCCACGUGAAGCUAAAACAGGAGCAGCAACGCUGGGACAAAGAGUGUCUAGUCAAAGAGAAACAACAGAGUGAGCAGGAGAGUGUGCUGGAGCAGCGGGAGCAGCAGUGCCUCCUGGAGGCCGAGCGUCUGCGUUGCGAGCGUGAGGAGCUGGAGGCUCAGUUGCUGGAGUAUCAGCAGAAUCUGGAUCGACUGAGGGAGGGUCAGAGGAGCGUGGAGAGGGAGAAGGAGACGAUUGAAGCCCAGCAGAGGCUACUGCAGAGCUGGAGACACAACCGGCAGAGCAGCCUGCCUGUUACCAUACCACUGGAUGUAUACAAGGUGUCAGGCCACAGCCGCUCAGGCAGCCUGGAUGGAAGUUGUUCAGUGUAUGAGAAUGAGGCGGCUCUCCUCGCCUCCCUCAGGCAGAACCGCCUCAACCCGCCCGCCAAUAACAACCAGCACCAGCGUCUGCUCUCUGUGCCUAGAAAGAACCAAGACGGCUCUCUGCACAGCUCCAGCUACACCGCCAACAUGGGCCUCAGCGCCAGCCUUUACAACAGCCUGAACACCCUGCUGAGUCAGGCACACAGCAAACAGCCAGCAGACGGUCUUACAUUCCCAAACUACAGCAACAACCACAGCUGCACCCAGCCUCUGAACCACUCCAUCCACCCCUACAGCAGCAGGGUCCCUGCACAGCCACAAAGGCCCAACAAUACAGACUUCAGCCCACCAUCAGACAGGAGACCCCUUGGUCCCUGGAGGUCAGAGGUUACCGGUCACAGACUGUAUGAGGACGACUACUCCUCAUCUCCCUCUCUCACCCCCCUCCUACCCCCACAGGCUUACCUCUCUCUUGAAGGACAGAAUGGGGAGGACGCAGGUGAGGAGAACAUUGUUUAUCUCUGAGAGUCGUCACAGCUGAACAAGACGUGUGACCUACCUGACAUUCAACGGGACUGAUAAUAACACACAUAUUUGUUGCUUUGUUGUGCUUGUAUGCGUGCCUCCACAAAUGUGUGAUGGGAAUAAGUUAAUUUUUUAAACCUACAUGAUCAAAUAAGGGAAGAGUUUAAACAGGGGGGGGUGUAUGUGCCUUUGUCAGUGUACAUGUCAGCCAUUAAUAUUUCUUCCUGUUUGAGGAAACCAUUGUGCCUUUUUGCAAACAAACUCUAUUUAAAUCAGCUUUUGUAAUUCUAUUUCCCAUGCUUUUACUCCUACCUUGACUCUCUGAAGUGUUUGUUGCACUUAGAUGACGGCAGAUGUUGCCCCAAAUCCUGAGAGCUGGAGAAUCAAGAAAUCAGAGCAGAAGUUUCUUAGUUAGUCAUGAGCACUUAAGAGAAAUAUUUUAGAGGCAAACAAAGCCCUUCCCCAAACUAUGUAUGUACAGAGUACUUUAAUUUCUCCAUGUGAUCUUUAACAAUAUUUAUAAGGGAUUGUUGUCAUCUUACAGACAAACAGAUAAGCUGAAAUGAUUAUAUAAAUAUUGAAUAUGUGUAUAGUUUUAUUGAAAGCUACCUAUGCACACCAUGUUUGAAAAGAAUGUUCUUAUCAUUACUUCUCUCACGUAAGUGCCAAAAACAUUGCUAUCUGAUACUGUAAGUGAUUUCUGUAAAUGGUUGUACUCUGCCUCUUCAUUUUUUGGAUAAUUUAUUGUGUGUAAAUUGCUUCAUGCACUGUCAACAUUAAUAAUAUUUUGUUUGAUAUGUGUCUUCUUGUAAUCUGUGUAAUCAGAACUGUGAUGUGCCCUAUUAAUAUUGUGCUGUAUAUAAAACCAUUGUGGAAAAACA